CAAUUGACUGUGUGUGUGUCAGUCACGGUCAGUCAUAUCUGUGUUUCUGAGAGUUCUCCAUCAUGGACAGCGCAGGGAGGAAAGUCAUCGUCUGCGACAAUGGCACUGGGUUUGUCAAGUGUGGUUUCGCAGGCUCCAAUUUCCCCGAUCACAUCUUCCCUGCGCUGGUGGGACGACCCAUCAUUCGCUCAGAUACUAAAGUCGGGAACAUAGAGAUCAAGGACCUAAUGGUGGGUGAUGAGGCCAGCGAGUGCCGCUCUAUGCUGGAGGUGACGUAUCCGAUGGAGAACGGGAUGGUGCGCAACUGGGAGGACAUGAUCCACCUGUGGGACCACACCUUCGGCCCGCAGCGUCUCAACAUCAGCCCUCCAGACUGCAAGGUGCUGCUGACAGAGCCACCCAUGAACCCUAUGAAAAACCGGCAGAAGAUUGCAGAGGUCAUGUUCGAGACUUACCGCUUCCACGGCAUCUACGUCGCCAUUCAGGCCGUGCUGACGCUCUACGCACAGGGUUUGUUGACCGGUGUGGUGAUCGACUCAGGAGACGGCGUGACACACAUCUGUCCUGUUUAUGAGGGUUUCUCUCUCCCACAUCUCACGCGCCGGCUGGACAUCGCAGGACGGGACAUCACUCGCUACCUGAUUAAGCUUUUGCUCCUGCGCGGCUACGCCUUCAACCACACGGCGGACUUCGAGACGGUGCGGAUGAUGAAGGAGAAGCUGUGUUUUGUCGGCUACAACAUUGAGCAGGAACAACAACUGGCUAAUGAGACCACAGUCCUGGUGGAGUCCUACAUGUUACCAGACGGGCGGAUGAUAAGGGUUGGAGGUGAGAGGUUUGGGGCUCCGGAGGCUCUUUUCCAGCCGCACCUUGUUAAUGUGGAAGGAGUCGGAGUGGCAGAGCUGCUCUUCAACACCAUUCAGGCAGCAGACAUUGACCUCAGGGCUGAUUUGUACAAGCACAUCGUCCUGUCUGGAGGAUCCACCAUGUAUCCAGGUCUGCCAUCCCGUCUGGAGCGUGAGAUCAAGCAGCUUUACCUGGAGCGAGUGCUGAAAGGAGACACUGAAAAACUCUCCAAGUUUAAGAUCCGCAUUGAAGAUCCUCCGCGGCGCAAACACAUGGUGUUCAUGGGUGGAGCAGUGCUGGCCAACAUCAUGAAGGACAAAGAGUCUUUCUGGCUCUCCAGAGCCGAGUAUGAGGAGAAGGGCCUGAAACUGCUGGACAAACUGGGCGGAGCUCUGAGAUGAAGAUCUACACACUCUGCAUCAUCAUCGUCAUCAUCAUAACUAUUCUCUAUAGCACCUUUAAAGGGCACCUAUUAUGCAGAAAUCACUUUCAUAAGGGGUUUAAACACGGUUGUGUGGAUAUAAUCAGCUUCUAAUAGUCAUAUUAAUUCUGUUUGUGUCUGCCGAAACACUUUGAUUGACAUUCUCACUUUGUACGUGUCAUCAGAGAGGGAAAGCCCCGCCCACUAGUGACCAUCUCUGCCUCGUUAGCAUAGGAUGUUGGUCUUGUUUUUGAAUCUGCCACUAUGCUGACACACAGGCAUUUGUAGCUCCGCCCUCUUCUGAAAAAGAGCACAACUUAAUUUGAAUUUAAAGCGGCACAAUUAGGAUCAAAGCCUAAAACGGGCAGCUUCAAGAAGAUAUAAAACAUUAUGUGUGGUAUUUUGAGCUGAAACUUACACACACACACACACACACCCUAGGCACAUCAGAGACAUCUUGAAUAAAGGGGCAUAAUAUGUCUCCUUUAAAGGAACAUAUCAAAGUGUGUUACACAUACAAAGGUAAAAUACAACAAUGGCAAUAAUAUGAAUCAUAAUGUAAAAUGAACAUCAUAUACACAACUCAAGACAAAAUGAUUCACCCUUCUGUUUAAAUGAACUGCAUGACACUGUAUGAGCAGAUUUGAAAAAGAUUCACAGCAUUGCCAAUUAUUAAUAUCAAUGAAUAUUCAUAUUAAUUAUUAAUGUCACAACAUUAGUAACAUCUUCACAGUAUUGAUAUCAAUAAUGCACUUGUGAACAAUAUCAGUGUCUGACAGUGUGUAAAAUACAGCUGAGAAACACAUCAACUAAUAAAUGUCGAAUAAAUGUAGAAAAUUAUUAAAUAAAGAAAUGUUUUGCAUUGAAA